CACAACUAGGCAAUACGUCCAGACAACACUGAGAGAAUAUUUGAAGCUAAAGUCACUUAGCUUCACUGUGAUUUAUAUUUAUUUUAAAAAAGUGUAUGUUGAGUGAGAUUAUAGAAAUAAGGAAAAUGAGUGCCUAUGACGAUAUGUGCGUGACAGCCACUUACUCUGUCAGGGCGCGCGUUUGUUGCCGAAUUGUUACUACCUCAACCCACAGAAACAAGUCCUUCCUUUGGAAAACAAUUGAUUGUGCCCGCCUGUGUUUCUUGCUACUACUAGUGAUAAGCCCUGUGUCAGCGGGCCCCACCAGAAAUAGAAAGGCCACUUACGUUCUAGAGGUAGCGGCGGCGGCGGCAGCAGCAGCAGCGGCGGCAGCAGAAACAGCUGAGAGCACAUUAGAGUGGGAGAUCACUCAGCAGCUGCAAGAGGCCCUGGAAAGGUCCCAUCGAGUGCAUUACCACAAUCGCCUGAGUAGUAGCAGUAGUAGCGGGAGCGGCAGGUACACUAUGGACAAUCCUGACGAUGUGGGUAACAGCAGGAGCCGGCGGGGCACUUCCCACCACUGGUCACAACCAUGCGACAAGAUCGCGCAUGACGAAACCAACACCGUGGAGUCCCUCAGCACAAACAUCCUGACGCCCGUCUCCAUAGCCAACAGCUAUAUGCAGGAUGUAAAAGUUAACUAUAGCAAGGUGCUACAAAACAAGAGCUGGGAUGAAUUGGCUAACAUGUACCAGGGCAUCGGGGACCAGGAACUUGCGUUCCUGAAAACAAAGAGUGAGGCCGUGCCUGGCGACUUCAACUCUCAGCUGCAGAACUCCUACGAAAAGAUGCAGCGCUUGGCCGUGGGCAUCGAGCAGGUGACCCUGGACCAGGCGCUCUACCAAGGCUCCUUCUUGGAGCAUUUCCGCGAAAUAGAAACUCAUAUUGUGAAAAUCUUAUGCUUGUUGCACUUCGCGAUGGUUCACCGCAAUUUGACGCCCAGUGUCACAAUCAAUAAGGAGGAUAUGCCCCAAGAAUACCGCGACGUUGAGGGCCAGUCAGCGGCCAGAGAGUUUCGAGACUUCAUGAUCCUUGAUAACUACUUUAAAUCUCUUCAAAAUCUGAUACAAGUCUUCACGGAGUUUGAGAACAAGCGAGGUCCUCAGUAGAAAGGCCUCCAGGAAACCUAUAGGAGCCAGAUAGACAUCAAGAACCACUGGGACACAUCAUCGCAGAGGCAGAAUUUCCGGCUGUAAUAAAAUGUGAUUUUCAUCAGUUUAAGAAUUUCACCAAUUCUUUACCUGGAAACUAUUCAGUGAUAGAAGAAAUAUUUGGCAAUUAAGUUACGAGCCAAAAUAUACUGUAAGCCUCUUGAGAUAACACCAGUGUUUCCGCAGCUGUCAGCUCACACGGGGUAUUAAAAGCAUUCUAAGAGAAGUUAGAUUGGUAAUGCAUAUUUUGUGAGAUUAGCAGCCAAACUCAGCUAAAAUAUGAGCUAAAUCCACAUAAACGUCAGGUAUUGCUUGUGAUUGUUUGUUACUUAGCAUUGUUUAGACAUUAACUAUUAUAGAAAAUAUUACCCUUUUUAAGGAUCUUACAGUCAUUAGUGUACUUACAUUGUCGGUCAUAAUUAGAGAAAACUGUGAUAUAUUUAUUCUGUAUUUAUUAUUAAUUUUAUUUUGUGCUAUUUGAGCAGCUGUUCCUAUGUAAAUAGUCUUGCUCAAGUAAUUUGUUCAUUGUUUCCUUAUUUUAUUGUUGUGUUUUACUGUGAGCUUGUACUGAUUUAGCCUCUGGUACUCAGGUGUGACUGAAGCUGAGCUCCUCUUGAUGAGGGCGCUCAUAGGACAGGUAUCUCAAAGACAUAUUUGUUAAUUUAGGUAAGGCGAGUAUUCUUGUGUGACACCAGUUGGGAGGAGGGAAUUUACUGUUACCGUUUUCUUAGUCUUGUUUCAGUUGCAAGGGCAUUUUUCCUUCUCUCUCAGUAUUCUCAUUAUAGAUUCUCAAAGGCUGUUUUGAAGACUAAAGGAUUGACAUCGAUAAGCCAAGUGGAAGAAAGAUCUGAACCCCAAUAUUUACAAUAACAUGAGCAUCGUUCAAUUAUAUAUAUAUAUAUAUAUAUAUAUAUAUAUAUAUAUAUAUAUAUAUAUAUAUAUAUAUAUAUAUAUAUAUAUAUAUAUAUAUAUAUAUAUAUAUAUAUAUAUAUAUAUAUAUAUAUAUUAUGAUAUACAAUUUUUCCAACGCAUUAAGACUAUAAGAUGUGUAUAUCCAAAAUGCCGUAUGUGUAUCCAUUUGUUAAGCAUGUUUUAUAUCUCUUAGUGUACAAGUUUGGUGUAUGGUAUCUUGCAAUACUGUACACAACAUAGUUUUCAACAAUCAAAAGAAAUAUCUGUUUUCUGUGUUCCAAACUCUGAAAGGUCAAUGUUUGUGACUCCUCAAUAGUGUGUACAGUAUACGUCUCCACAACUGAUAAUACGUAUAUCAGUGGGUAAAGGAUCUUCAGACUUAUAGGGAUACGUCUCCAUCUUGUCCUUGGUAGCAUUUCAAGCCAUCACAUGAUACAGUCCUCGCUGUAUCUGUCCAACUGUAGCAGAACUAUCACAAAUAAAAAAGUAUAUCAUGCUGAUUCUAAAUUCUCAUUUGUAACGAUGCUUUUGUUUAAUAAUUUACAGUGGACUCCAUCGUGACUCUUAAAUUACAUACAGUACCUGCUUCACCUGUCGCAACACACACACACACACACACCAUAGUGAAAUUUGCAUUGUUUACAUUGCCCCACACUCCCAUGAUUGCCCCCACACUCCCAUGAUUCCUCCCCCACAGCCAGCAGUCAUCCACACCACCUGGAGUCCUCUUGUGUUCAUUAUUAUUAAGUGAUGAUGUGACAUAACUUGGAAUAAGACAACUCAUCAGUGUAGAGCCACAGCUUAGGUUUUGUGUUGUAGAUUUUUUAUACCUAUUUAUUGUUUUGUAUAUUUUAAAUAAAUUAAAUGUCUUUUAUCUC